UUAGCUCUCCUACACUGGCAGAGGGGUUCUUUACCACUAGUGCCACCUGGGAAGCUUUUAUCUAACCCUUAUCAGAUAUCCAAAGUAUAUGAACAGACAAUUUACAGAAAAAUAUAAUUGCCACUUAAACGUACUAAGAGAUGCUCAACCUUAUAAGAGAAAUGAAAAUUCAAAUUGCAGUGAGAUGCCAUUUACACUACCAGAUUGUCAAAAAUCCAAAAGUUUUAUAACAGGCUGUAUAAGCUUGCUGAUGGCACAGGAAACUGGUAAAAUAUCUGUAGAAGGCAAUUUGUCAAUAUUAUACUUACCAAAUCCUUUUCAAAUGCUGUUGGUGAAAUGUAAAUGAGAAAAAUCUUUGUGGAAGAAAAGAGAAUUUGUGAAAUUGUAUAUAGCUAAAUUAAAAAAAAAAUACACACACUUGUCAGACUUAAAUGUUUGAAGCCCUAAAUAUUUACUGUACAGAUAUACAAGAGACAAACAAAAUAUACUUGGGUAUCAAUAUAAUGUUAAAGGACUGAUUGAAUAAACCUUAAUACAUGCCUCAAGCUUGCUGUGAAACUUAACUAUUAGGCAGAUACCUAUGUGCUGCUACAGAAAAAUAUCUGGACCAUGCAAAAAGAAAUUGCAAAAUAGUCAUAUAUAACAUGUUAUCAACUGGAUAAUAUAUAUAAAUAACAUAUGCAUAUUAUAGAAAUCUUGUGGAAAAUCCACAAGAAUCUGGUAAAAACUGGGUUGCUUCUUUUAAGGAUGAGAAACCUGUUCGUUCCUUGGUAGAAUGUACAUGUAUUACAUAUUCAAAACACAUAUAUUUUUUAGAUUAAUACAAAACUGAAAACUGAGGCUCAAUGGCAUCUCCUUAGUUAACUAAACAUAUAAUCUUGCAUUUAUUUUACAAACAUUUACUGCGUGCUUAUCAUGUGCCAGGCAUUGUGAUAGCAGCUGGUGCGAAGAUUCCCACAUUACAAGGAGUGCCCAACCCCAGGCCGCAGGGUGAGCCCCUAAUGCGGGGCGGGGACUGGCGGCAGGGAAGGGUCAGGGCCGCCUCGCGAGGCUCUCCGCCGCUCUGAGUGGGUAGCAGGGCCCAACCGUCCAUAACGGUCCAAGUACCCAGGCGGAAUACACUCUUCCAAAGCAAACCGCCGUCUGCAUCCUCUUCCUCGCCCCCACAGUAACGGCCCCCCUACCCGCAGCUUGUGCCUUCGCGCCAGUAGCCCAACCCCAGGGAAGGGUUGGGCCCCUGAAGCCCGAACUACCCCCAGCUCCCUUACCACGCGUUGCCCCGAACUUGGGUCCUUCAUCUCUCCUGCUAUGUGGUGUCAGUCGUCGUGUGUUCACUCCUCGACAGAGAAAUAGAGAUCCUCACGCUCUGCGGCGCAAUUCCUUCCGCUUGGCUUUUUCUUCAUCUCUACAAAGACUUUUUAAUGUUUUCCCGCGGGAUGAGGCGGGGGGACGUUUUUCGUGUCUCAUGAGUCUCUGUCAUGGUAUGCGGACCGAUCGAGGCAAAGGAUCGCCCGUCAGGAGGCGGCUUCCCCAAUGGUCACUGGGUUGUAGAGUGGCACUGGCUUUGUACAAAGGCACUAAUUUUGUGCGGAGAUGCGGUUGCGUGAUUCCACCCCUUUGCACCUCCGGAGCGUUGAUUUACACCCCCCACCCCCACCUCAGUGGAAGCCUCCUAGGAGGCGGCCCAAAAUGUCCACUGAACGGACUUCUUGGACAAGUUUGUCCACUAUUCAAAAAAUAGCACUGGGCCUUGGGAUCCCUGCCAGUGCAACAAUUGCCUAUAUCCUAUACCGCAGAUAUAGGGAAAGCAGAGAAGAACGGCUGACAUUUGUUGGGGAAGAUGACAUCGAGAUAGAGAUGCGAGUCCCCCAGGAGGCUGUAAAGCUCAUCAUUGGCCGGCAAGGAGCCAAUAUUAAACAACUAAGAAAGAAGACAGGUGCUCGGAUCGAUGUGGACACAGAGGAUACAGGAGAUGAGCGGGUGCUGCUUAUCAGUGGUUUUCCUGUUCAGGUGUGCAAGGCCAAAGCAGCGAUUCAUCAGAUCCUGACAGAGAAUACCCCAGUGUCUGAGCAGCUCUCAGUUCCCCAGAGAUCUGUGGGCAGGAUCAUAGGGCGAGGCGGCGAGACAAUUCGUUCUAUCUGUAAGGCCUCAGGAGCCAAAAUCACCUGUGACAAAGAAUCAGAAGGAACAUUGCUACUAUCAAGACUUAUAAAAAUCUCAGGAACACAGAAGGAAGUGGCAGCAGCUAAGCAUUUGAUACUGGAGAAAGUUUCAGAAGAUGAAGAACUUAGGAAGAGAAUUGCUCAUUCUGCAGAAACCAGAGUUCCACGGAAGCAGCCAAUCAGCGUAAGAAGAGAGGAAGUAACAGAGCCAGGUGGAGCCAGAGAGCCAGCUUUAUGGAAAAACACUGGCACUAGCUUAAAACAGGCUGCACCUCUGGCAGUUCCUCCCCACAAAGGAGAUGGCGACGUGGCUGUUGUAGGACCAGAAGAGGGUUCCUGGGAGAAACCUAAUGAUGACAGCUUUCAGAGGUCUGGUGUCCAGACCAGUCCAGAGAUGUCCAUGUUUGAAAUUCCCAGUCCAGACUUCAGUUUCCAUGCUGAUGAAUUCCUAGAAGUCUAUGUCUCUGCCUCUGAACAUCCUAACCACUUCUGGAUCCAAAUCAUUGGCUCCCGCAGCCUGCAACUGGAUAAGCUUGUCAGUGAGAUGACCCAGCACUACGAAAAUAGUCUGCCUGAAGACUUGACUGUACACGCGGGAGACAUCGUCGCUGCGCCUUUACCGACAAAUGGUUCCUGGUAUCGUGCCCGGGUCCUCGGUACCUUGGAGAAUGGGAACCUGGACCUUUACUUUGUUGACUUUGGAGAUAAUGGAGAUUGCCCACUGAGGGAUCUCAGAGUGCUCAGGAGUGACUUUCUAAGCCUUCCGUUUCAAGCAAUAGAGUGUAGUCUGGCACGGAUUGCCCCCUCAGGUGAACAAUGGGAAGAGGAAGCUUUGGAUGAGUUUGACAGACUCACUCAUUGUGCUGACUGGAAGCCCCUGGUGGCCAAGAUCUCUAGCUAUGUCCAGUCUGGGAUCUCAACUUGGCCCAAGGUCUAUUUAUAUGAUACCAGCGAUGGGAAGAAACUUGAUAUUGGGCUAGAAUUAGUUCGUAAAGGAUACGCAGUCGAGCUUGCAGAAGAUGUGGAAAGAAGCCAAGCUGCCCCAGUGAUGUUGGACGACCUCGCCACAGAAACAGAUGUCUCACUGAGCAUGCUCACUGAGACCAAGAAGAGCCCUGGAGAGAUAGCAAACACCCUGUCCUGCCUCAGUUUAUCAGAAGCUGCUUCUAUGUCUGGUGAUGAUAAUCUUGAAGACGACUACUUACUCUGAAGUCACCUUCAGUUGCCUCGGCCAUCUGCUUUGCUGUUUGGCAUAAGACUUGGUGCCUGGAGAGAAGAGCCUAUAAUAGAGAUCUAUGCAGUUCUUCCUUCGUUAUAUACGUGACCUGGCUUGCUGUGAACCAAAUGCAUUUUCUUCUUCCACUGGACUACCAGAGGGCAUGUGGGGUGGAAGGAGACAGACACAUGCCCCUAACUCCACCACCACCCCGUGUGCCCUGUGCAGUGUGAGUACUGCCGCACGGCGCUCAGGCUGCUCAGUAUCCAGCUUGUCCCCUCUGCCAGUCAUAAUACACAGUAUGCUAAGCAAUGUCCUCUUUGAGGCUGGGAAACAGCCAGGGUUUGGUUAUUGGAAGUGAUGAUUCUGCAGACUGACUCACCGCAUCAGGUUGACUCUGGUUAAGGGGAAAUCUUUUGAGUGGUAAACUCAAAGAUUGCAGUUAAGUCAGGCAGCAAAGGCAAAAAUCAGCAUAAUUAUAUUAAAAGCCUCAGGAAGUGAGAAGAGAAUACUGCUUCCCAGCCUCAACUGCUGAUGUGUUAUUGAAGACAAGAUUUUUGUAACAGUGCUCUAGCUAUUUCCCAGUAAACUUUGGUUAAAAUACAAGUAGACAAGGAGAAAGGUAACUCAGGAAAUAUUGCUAUAUUGCUGGUAUAGUAUCUAUAUCAAUAUAUGUAUAUACACAGAGCCAUAGAGAACUUGUAGAGCUGUUUAGAUCACUGGGGUGUUCUUUGCUAAAUAAAGUUCUUAAGAAAGUUAUCUAAAA